AUGAGGGAGCCAGGACCCCCAGCACCCCGAGCCCUGCUCACCCUGUCGGGGUCAGCUUCUGAGCCCACGUCCCCCCUGCUCCUUCCACCCCAUGACCCAAGGGAGUGGGGCUGCGGGCCUCUAAGCGGGGGACGGGCUAAUUAUAGAAGCGACACCGUCGAGAAUAGGACGCACUUGGAACUGAAUGGGAGCCUCACGCUGUCGGGAGGGUUUCCAACUUCCAACAGCACCAGGCGAGGUAUUCAGACCAAGUUUCCCACUGACAGCAAUUUAAAAGCUGGACAAUAUAGAAAAGGACUCUGA